AUGGCCCUUCAUCAAUCACCUACACUUGGGAACAAGACACAUACUAGGUGUCUCAAGCUUGCUUCUGCUCUUGUUCAUCAUUUGGGGAUUUCUCGUGGCCAUGUGGUUGCUACACUAGCCCCUAAUGUACCAGCAAUACAAGAGCUGCAUUUUGCAGCAUCAAUGGCUGGAGCAGUUUUUUGUACAUCAAACACGCGUCAUGAUUCAUCUAUGAUAUCAACACUUCUAAUGUAUUCAGAAGCAAAAAUCAUAUUUGUAGAUCAACAGUUUCUCCAACUUGCUCAAGAAGCACUUUCUAUUAUUUCUAGCAAGAACACCAAACCACCUCUUCUUGUUGUAAUAAUGUCAGAAAAUUCUAACAAUUUCAUUACUAACGCUUGGGAUUAUGAAAGUCUCCUUGAAAGUGGGGACAGAGAUUUUGCUAUUAGGUGGCCAAUAACAGAAUUUGACCCCAUUAGCAUUAACUAUACUUCUGGAACAACAUCAAGACCCAAAGGAGUUGUUUUCAGUCAUAGAGGUCCAUACCUCAAUUCUAUUGCCACAUUUUUGGCUCAUGAGAUGAGCACACUUCCUAUUUAUCUUUGGACUGUUCCAACAUUUCACUGCAAUGGAUGGUGCAUGAUAUGGGGUCUAGCAGCAGUAGGUGGCACUAAUGUUUGUCUCAGAACUGUAUCUCCAAAAGAAAUAUUUGAAAGUAUUUCACUGUACAAGGUGACACAUAUGGGUGGUGCACCUACUGUCUUGAACAUGAUAGUGAAUACACCAGCAUGUGACCGGAAACCACUUCCACACAAGGUGAAGAUUAUGACAGGUGGUUCACCACCACCACCACAAAUCAUUUCAAGAAUGGAGGAGUUGGGAUUUGGAAUAAAUCACUUCUAUGGACUAACGGAGACACAUGGUGCAAUUACAUAUUGCUUGUGGAAGCCUGAGUGGGAUUCUUUGCCUUCAAAUGAAAGACUUAUACUGAAAGCUAGACAAGGAGUGCAACAUCUUUGUGUUGAGGAAGUUGAUGUACGAGAUUCUAUCACCAUGAAGAAGGUGCCCGCGGAUGGUGUAACAAUGGGAGAAGUCAUGUUUAGAGGGAACACGGUAAUGAGUGGAUAUUUAAAAGAUGAAAAAGCAACAGAAGAAGCUUUUAGAGGAGGAUGGUUUCACAGUGGUGAUCUUGCUGUAAAACAUCCUGAUGGUUAUAUAGAAGUAAAGGAUAUCAUAAUAUCUGGUGGAGAAAACAUAAGCACUAUUGAGGUGGAAACAGUUUUGUAUAGUCAUCCAGCAGUUCUAGAAGCAGCAGUAGUCGCUCGACCAGAUAACCACUGGGGACAGACACCUUGUGCAUUUGUGAAGUUAAAGGAGGGAUUUGAUGCAAGUUCUCAAGAAAUUAUCAACUUCUGCAGGGAAAAUUUGCCUCAUUACAUGGCACCUCGGACACUUAUAUUUCAGGAUCUCCCAAAAACUUCAAUUGGAAAGAUACAGAAAUCUAUCCUAAGGGAGAAAGCAAAAGCCUUGGGCAGUCUUUUCUGAAAAAAAAUGAAGAAGCCACU